AACUGUUAGCUGUAGUUCAUGUGUUGUAGUUUAUUUUUAUUUUUUUUCUUUUAGAUGAAGGCACACAGCUCAAAACAUUUCCGUUAAUUUUCGCGGGAAGUAUGAGCACACUUAAAGCGUGAGAUUGUGGAGCCUUGUUUUGAUUAGGUGAAGAAUUGAAACCGGCUGUAUUUAUCGGGCAGUGGUAGAAAUUUUUGUUCUUUAAAUGGAACGGUGAACGAAACGAAGAAAAAGAGAAUAAAAUUACAGAAAUGACGGCUAUAAAUUUGUUUGGAAAAGGGCAUGGGAUAUUGAAUCUGGAUUUGAAUAGGCAGCCAGAUGGGUGUGACAGUGAACUAGGGUUUCAAUUUGGGGAUAAUUUUUUGGAGAAACAAACGGAAAUAGACCAGUCAGUUUACAGUGAAAUAAGAACAACGGAGAACAACCCAGAUGGUUCCCUGAGAAAAAGAAGGAGGUACUCCAGUGGAGAGAAGGGCAAGGCUAAAGUUGAUGACUGUGUGCCGUUAAUAGUCAUUGAAGAUUCUGAAGAUAAUCUCAGUCUUGAAUUGGGUCAAAACCCAGUUGGAAAAGAAAGUGAGAAGAUAAAUUCAAACAAUAUUUGGCCACAAAUUGAGGUUGAAUCAUCGUUAAAGAAUAUGGGGCCUGUGGUGGAGCAUAAUUUCUUUGAAGCUGAAGCUUCAGAUUCUGAGAGUGAGCAAGAAAAUGUUAAAGCGGUAGAAUUUUUGUUGGAUUUGAGAGAGGAGGUGAGAAAAAGAGAAGAAAGAGAAAAGUAUCAUGAGAUUGCAAGAUACCAUGCGCCAAGGCUUGCGCGUUCUAUUCCUGAUGAAGAAUUCUACAGGAGAAAGUACCAUCCGGAAGAAACGAACGUGGUGGUAAAGGAAGCUGAAGAUGAAUUUCAAGAUUUGGAUAGUCCUUUUUGUGUAGCAAUGAUAAUGAUCAAGAAGAGGAAUCCAAGUUCAAGUGGCCAAAAGAAGUCGCCAGAUGGAGGCUUGAAGUGGGUGCCUUCAAAGGUUAGUGGAAGUGGUGUUGUGAAGCGAGGUGUUCCUCCAUUGUUGGAACAUAGUUUGAAUGUUCUUGCGAAGAAUUCUGAGGCAAUGGUGUCACUUGAGCAUGUUCCAGAUUUCUUGAGGCAUAAGCUUAGUAGGAUGAUUUGUGAUAAAGGGAAAAUGGAUGCUUCCUUUGUUGAGCUUCUUGCCAGGGGAUCUCCCACUGAGAUACGUGUGAAAAACUGUGCACAGUUGGAAGAAGAUGAUUUAACCAAAAUCUUGGGUUCUUGUAACACUCAACACGUGACUGUAUUACAACUUGACCUGAGUGGACAGUCUCUGCCUGAUAAUGUAUUGCGCAACAACUUAGCCAGGUCAUCCUGUAGCCUUCCUGCCUUGGCUACCGUAUCUCUGAGGGGUGCUCUCCGUUUGACAGAUAUUGGGCUAACUGCACUUGUUGAAUCCGCCCCUGCACUGCAGUCUGUAAAUCUAAGCCAUUGCUCCCUUCUCACAUCUUCUGGCAUCGCUGCUCUGGUUAGCUGUCUUGAAUAUACUUUGAGAGAGCUGUAUAUAGAUCACUGUCAAGACAUUGAUGCAACGGUUAUGCUACCUGCUUUAAAGAAACUGAAAUAUCUUGAAGUGUUGUCGGUGGCAAGUAUUGAGUCUGUCUGCGAUGAUUUUGUCAUUGAGAUAGUCAAAGCAUGUGGCACAAAUAUGAAAGAGCUUGUUUUCGCUGAAUGUGUGGAAUUGACUGAUAUAGCUUUUAAAGCUGUGGGGAAAAAUUGUUCAAGAUUAUGUGCCCUUGAUCUUUCCAACUUACAUAAGCUGACAAAUUCAACAUUGCAAUAUCUUGCUGAUGGUUGCCAAUCAAUUCGCAGCCUUAAACUUUACCGUAACAGUUUCAGUGAUGAAGCCAUUGCAGCCUUCUUGGAAGUCACCGGAGAUUCACUUAGUGAACUUUCACUGAAUCAUAUCAAGGAGGUUGGUCUGAACACUGCCUUGUCACUUGGCAAAUGUUCAAGAAAUUUGCAGAGUUUGGACCUGUCCUGGUGCCGCAGAUUAAGGAAUGAGGCACUUGGAUUUAUUGUUGACAGCUGCUCGUCAUUAAGGCUGCUUAAACUCUUUGGAUGUACACAGAUUACAGAUUUGUUUUUGAAUGGACAUUCAAACUCAAAGGUGCAGAUCAUUGGAUUGGGAUUAAAACCAUUAUUAGAACAUCUGGAUGACCUUGAACCGCAGAAGGGUCCACUGCGCUACUCCCCAUCGACUUCUUUAUAAGUUGAUUAAUGAAAUUCAAAUCACUCAGAUUCUUGAUCAUUUCUGUUUGGAACCUGCCACCCCAAGUCCCAACUGUACAGGAAAAAAGCCCUUCAUACAUUUUUCAUUAACCAAUGUCAAUUUUUUUUGACACAUACAACAUUGAAAUGGAAAAUUACCAUCAUAUUUUGUUCAUCAAUUUAAAUUCUUCAAUUUUGAAGAUAUAGCUUCCCAAUUCUCAAAUUCAAUCAAACCCCAUGCCCACCUAAUUCUUUUCAAGAUACCUGUACCUCUUUCAUGGUAUCCCAUAGAAGCAUGAUGCAUUAUUAGAUAGGACGGAUGGAAUAUUCUCAAAUUUGCUGAUGCCUGAUGAGAUGAUUGUGGUGACAAUGUCGGAUGUUGUACUGAAGUUAGUAUCACAAAGUGAGUAAAAUGAUGAACCAUGAGGGCUGCCUUGUUAGCAUCUAUCAAUAUAUUUGUUCAGUGUUCAUUGUCCAAGAGACUUGGAUCAGCAUAAUAAUGAUCAACCCUAUUUAUGGGACGCGACUUGUUAAAAUUAAACAGAGGAAGGAGAAGAAAUGUCUUUCUUUUUCUUUCUGUAACUUAUUAUGGAGAAGAAAAUUUGAAGUGGAAGUAUGCCGUAGAAAGUUUUAUUCAAUUUUGUUUCCUUACUAAAUUUAAAAAAUUAUCAGAAAGAAACCAUUGAUUCCUGGCCAACAAUUCUAGUUGAAAACUCUUCUUCCCAACUGCGGCAAACGUUUUGAGUGGU